AUGCCUCCUUCCAACACAAUGGUUGGCCUCGAUGAGGACCCGAGCCCAUCCCUUGGCCAGAACGCGAACACCGCUGACGGCGACGCGUGCCCCCGCUCCGCAGGUUCUGAGAGCGAGUACAAAGACCUGUUCAUGCUGCGAGCUCCCAGCAGCGACGUCGCCCAGACCAUCCUCGACAUCGUGAAAAACUUCAAGCCCGCCAACUUCUACGGCCGGCUCGCGUUUUACAACGUCACGCUUGCCAAGUACAAAAAGUUCGACAAGCUCACCGAGAGAGAUCACCUCCGCAAGACGUACACGGUCUCGGAGCUGGGCGGACUGCUCUCCUUCAAGAUGCCGGCAGACAAGCACAACGCGGCCGUUGAGCCCUUGGUCAUGGAGCUGCGACGCCAGGCCGGAAAGAUGCUCCGUGACGGUCACCAUGACGGUCACCGUGACGGUCUCCUCCUUAGCGACUUUAUGUGGCUUGGCGACGCAACAGUCAAGGCAACAGAUGGUGCCUCCGCCAAGGAAGCCGACGAGUUUCAGAUCGUCAUCACGAUCAAAGAACGCCGCAACAAACACCGCACCGUCCAGGUCGACUUCUGGCGCCGAGGACACGACGAAGCGACCCACACUGUCACCGUCCAGUUGACCCAGCCCCUCACCGAGACGAGUGUGCUGGAGGAUCGUGCCGCAUGGCACGUCGAGGGUGCGCCAGUGCAGCUUAGAUUCGAGGACGUGUUUCGACGCCCCAGGGAGGUGGCCUUCGGCUUCGACACCGAUUUCACUCUCCAGGAGAGCCUAUUCGUCACCAUGGGCGCCGCUGUCGUUCUUUCUUGCGACCGCACGCCCGAGUCGGUCAAGCAGCGGUUUUUCGAACAGCAAGAGAAGGUUUGCCGAGAGUGGCGGGAGCAGGAAGCUCGAGAGCGCGAGGAGAAGCGUCAGGAGUUAGAGCGCCUGCGUGAAGAGGUACGUCAGAAGGAGGAGCAUAUCCGCCAGCACGAGGAGAAGUUGCGUCAGAAGGAGGAGCAUAUCCGCCAGCACGAGGAGAAGCUGCGUCAGAAUGAGGAGCAUAUCCGUCAGGAAGAUGAAGAGGUGCGUCAGAAGGAAGAGCAUAUCCGCCAGCAUGAGGAGAAGCUGCGUCAGAAGGAGGAGCACUUGCUUUAG